AUGGCUUCCGUCGCUCCAGGAGAUAUCACCACCCAACCAGGCACCAAGGUCGUCUUCAACGCUCCAUACGAUGACAAGCACACCUACCACAUCAAGGUAUGUUCAUGGAUAAGGCUUUGGAGUUUUUGUCUAUGUCACCGCCUUUCUUCGGAUUUUGAAAAUUUUAAACUUUUCUAGUUUUUAGAUGAUUUUUGCCAACUUUUAAUAUUAUUUCAAUGUUUUCUUCAGGUUAUCAACGCCGGUGGUCGUCGUAUCGGAUGGGCCUUCAAGACCACCAACAUGAAGCGUCUCGGUGUCGAUCCCCCAUGCGGUGUUUUGGACCCCAAGGAAGCCGUCUUGGUCGCCGUCUCUUGUGAUGCCUUCCAAUACGGUCAGGAGGACACUAACAACGACCGUAUCACCAUCGAAUGGACCAACACCCCCGAUGGAGCUGCCAAGCAAUUCCGUCGCGAAUGGUUCCAGGGCGAUGGAAUGGUCCGCAGAAAGAACUUGCCUAUCGAGUACAACCCUUAA